GAAUGAAAAGGAGAGAGCUGAUCACACAAAUAUUUGUCCCCGUACGAAUAUAAAUACUCUCCUUUUCUUUUGUCAGUGUUGCAUUUUAUUGUAUAGCGCUUUCUUCGUACUCUCUUCAAAUAGCAGUUUUCUUUGGUUAUUACUGAAUUUAAUUUUAAUUUCUAUUGAUCUUUGGCUAUGUCAAAAUUGACCGAUGACCCUAUCCUCAUUACCCUUUCAACCCGUCCUGGGACUGAUCUAGCGAGCAAGAUGCUGUUCUAUGAGGCAGAAAUCAAGGAAAUAGUUAUCAAUGAAAUAACAGAUGGGAAGGUGAAUGGUAUUGCAUAUGAUAUAGGUCAAAAAGAGUUCAAAGAUGGCCGAAAAAGCGAUAUUGUUUAUGGAAUACCAGGAGGAAAACACACCAUGGCUACGCCACCAGCCUUGGUUGAAAUACAGCAAAUAGUCGAUAUGAAGUUUAUGAAACGCUUGACGCGAUAUUGUUUAAACAUUCACGAUCUAACUAAAGUAGAACCUGUAGUAAUGAUCUUUGUGAUUCAAGGAUUCUCGUCGAAAGCUUUUAUGGAAGAAAAUUUUAACCAACCACAGAACAAAUCAUACUAUACUAGCAAAAAGUGCCUUUGGGCUAAAACCUGUCGAUUUUAUUCCCUUGAUAGCAUCUCAGCAAAUGUAAUGAGCGAAAACACUAUGAAACCAGUAGUUGCAUUAACAUAUUUUCUUUGCAACCAGAAGAAAAGUUUAUUUGGUCUCGAAAAAAGUGAAGAUCCUGAGCUAAGAUGUAUAUACCGAAUCGCUGCAAGAUCGUUUGAACCAUACACAACAAAGGAAGAGGAAAACUACAAUCAUAUAAUGGAUGUAAUGAAAAACACAAACAAUCAAUUCCAAAAAAUUUCAAAAUGUAUAGAUGAGCUUAAAAGAGCGGAGAACGAUGAUGCUAUUCUUAAAAAAAAUCAAGCGAUAUGCUGAAGACGGUUUCGAGUAUACAAAUAAGAAAAUCAAAAUGGUUGAAGAGGAUGAAACUGGGACGAUCACACCUAUUGAAAAAGUAAUCACUGUAGACAGUUAUUUCGUAAUUAAGCUACGCGAAGAACCAGGAAAAUUUUCAUGGGAUGAGUGUUAUAGAAAAGGAAGAA